AUGACGGAAAAAGAGGCAACCAACGGGGUGGCAAAUGAGGCUGAAUCCCCAGAAAUCAAGGAGGAAAACAUGACGACAAAAGGAGAAGCAGUAGCCGAGCCCAAGUCUCUCACCACAACUUCUCUGCCUUUCUCCUCGCCUCUGUUCCAGCUACUACUCGCCCAAAAGGUGUACGAGCUAGGAGACAAGGAAGAGACGUUCGCGCGAAUCACCAACGACAUCAACGAACAUCCGCUGCUGCUGGACCAGAUUCCGGAGAUUGAAACAUCGCCAAUCUCACGUGAUCAGUGCUACCAGUGGUACCUGGAGCAGCUGGAAUCUGAGGGUCUCGAACAGGGCAAGGGCCAAUGGAUCAUGCAGCUGGCGCAGUCCAAGUACGACAAGUUUGUAGAGCAGCUGGAGAGCGAGAUUGAACAAGAUGGCGUGGAUUUCAUUGCAAAGGUGGGGGAGAUUGAGGAGAUGAGUAAGCAGGAAUCGUGA